AUGGUUGCCAUUAAGUGCACGAUUCGAUUCUACGCUGUCUUGGCAUUUCUUUUCGCUUUCGUUGUUGCUGAUGAUAAAUCACCAGUAGAUGAAGUUUAUGACCCAUCUGCAGAAUACGAUCCGUCGAACAAUUAUCGCCCACGAAACAUAACUGGCCUAGGGGACUUUUAUAGCUGGGUUGGAUCUUACUAUAAUGCAACGGCAGAGGUAGAGCUUGAAUUCCUCUUCAGCUGGCAAUAUGGCGGGCCAUUAUGUCCUGUGUGGCAGAAUUACACCCAUACCGCCAAAUUCGAUGCCGUUCUGAGUAUCAUCGAAAGAGGCCACUGGAAUGCAGGAAAUAACUCCAUCAUCUUCUGGCUGACACUUCUCCCACAAAAUUCGCCGUCGUUUAAUAUUUCCAGCUUAACAUACGAAGAUAUGACCAAUGGGAAGGACUUCGGUAUAUCGUAUCCCAUUCUAUCUAACUCUUUAUAUGAGCAUAGAUACUAUCGCCCCGAGAACAGCAGAACAUCACCUCCUCGUUAUGGCUCGAGCCUUGAUCUUUUUGACUUCACUACCAGCCAGAUGUCUGAUGGAGCUUACAAUACCAGUGGUACGGUUCUCCGCCAAUGUGACCGCGAAGGCCAUAUAUCAAGUUUUGCAAACUUUAGCAGCAUGCCAGUCUGUGAUUCCACCACACAGACCGACGACGCCGGCCUAUGGAUCUUGAACAGCCCAUUUUGGAAUACCGAGGGCGGGGAUGAAUUUCAAUACCCUCAUAUCAGCAUUCAUUUCGAUGAUAAAACCGCAAGUCUUACUCUAGACGCUUCUUUUCACUUGGAGCCGUAUAUCCAUCCCAAUCAGACAAGAAGGGGUCCUUCCGCCCAAGGUUUCUUACGUGUCCGCUUCUCUGGUGUCCUGGAUGAAUAUCACUCUGACACGCUGAACCUGAAUGGUAGUACGCCUACAUGGUUGCGGACAGUUGGAUUCUCAAAUGACUCUUCCAAUAUUGGAUACUCGGAGACUUCCGAGAGUUCAGCAGAGAAGUUGAAUCUCGGACUUGCAUUUACUUUGAUAGGAAUUACUACGUUUGUCAUGAUAACAAUUCUAUAA